GAGGAGCCUGAAGGGACCUGGGCACAGGGCUGGGAUCUGGCAAAGCUGAAUCCGACUGCUCAUCGCAGCAAUGAGCUACUGAAUUGUUAAAUCGUCGAUCUGAGGUUUUCUUUGAAAGGGGUGAUGCUACAAAUUAAUUAGCUCCCUUUUGGUUGUUAGCACUUUAAAGCCCAGCUGUCAGGGGAGGGCUGGUUUAUAGGCAUUACAUCAGGGCUGCCGGCUGGCUCGCUCGCCUACCUGGGAAUUUCUAAGUGUGCGUUGUAACCGGGGGAAAUUUGGCUCGGAUGCAGCAUCUGGUGCUCAGUGAAGCUGCUGCGAUGCGCUGCCCUGAGCACGGGGAUUUGACUGGUGCCUGAGCAGUGCUGCCGGUGCACACGGGGAGCCGGUGGCUCGGCCUCCUGAGCUCCCGGAGGCUCGGCCUCUUGGUGUGCAGCUCCCGGGGAGCCGGUGGCUCGGCCUCUCGGUGUCCAGCUCUCAGCGUGAGCCACCAGCCGGGUGACUCGCUCAGGUGAGCUGCAGGUGUGCAGGAGAUGGUCCGAGUAGUUCCUGCUUCUUGCUUAAUUAAUGUGAGAGAAUAGCAGGCUUUUCUGAAGCAAAAGGGGGUUUUCUGGUGCAUAAAAGUUUGAACUGGCUACAGAUGCCCUGGGAGAGCUGUCGGUGCGGGCAAAGGGCUUGAUGUGCUGAGCGGGAGGGCAGCAGCUCCUCCGUGCUCCGGUCCGAGCGCGGAAGGCGGUGGGGAGCCGAGCCCCUGCUCCCCCACCCCCGGGUUUUUCCGCCCACCAGCAGCACAGAAGCACAGCGACUCCCGGGCAGACGGGGCUGCUGUCCCCGCGGCCCACCGGGGUGAGCAGGGCCCCGGGGGCACAGCCGCAAGUACGGUGCCACCAGCCUUAGGGCCUGUCCCAGCGGGGCGAGGUGGCCGGUAGCGGCACCAGGCCGCUCGGGAAGGGUCGUAGGUGCCCGGUGCCCCCCGCUGUGGGCCCGGCUCUCGGUGGUCCCGGGCGGGGGUCGCUGCCCCGCGUGGCGGCCCCACGCUCCAAGAUGGCUGCGGACCGUGACACGCCUGGUCACGUGGGACGCGCGCGCGCCGCGCCGCGCCCCCCCCCCCCCGUGCCCCCGGCCGCCCCCCGUCCCCCCCCGCGCCAGCCGCGCGCGCCCCCGGUGCCCCCGAGCGCUGUGACUCGGUCCGGUGCGUCCCGCUGCUUCUUAAAGGGACAGCACCCCGCGCGCACCCCGGCCCACCGCGGCCGCCCCGCGCCGCGGAAAACAAAGAGGCACCGGAAACAGCGGCGGCGGGGAGGGGGCCGGCCCGGCGGGAGGCGGGCGGGAGGGAGGGAGGGGAGGGCCGGCGGCGGGCCGGCGGGGGGGGGGCAGGCCCGGGCCCGGCGUCGGCGAACAAAGAGCGGCGGGAGGGAGGGGCGGGGGCGCCGCAACGGCACCGGAGCGGCGGCCCAGGCCAUCGGUGCAGAAUUCAAGGUGCUGGUGUCUUGCCCUGCCUGGAGCCUGAGGUCCCGUGUGCCCAUCCACCUCCCGACGUCACCAAUGCGACCAUGGGAACUGGCAGUGAAUAGGCGGCCGCCCUCUGCCCCUUUUGCCCAGCGCCGUUUCUCGGGGGGACCCUGCAGCAGCCCCGACCACCUCCGGCGAAGCCCCUCUGCCAGGCGUCAGUGGGGACGACGCGACCGACCUCUGGCAACCCUGCUGGGCCAGGAUGAGCCCCAGGUGCACCCUGCCUUCCCCCAGCAGCCACACAUCCCUGUAGAUGAGCCCCGCGCCUACGCUCUUGCCAGCACGCCGCCACGAAUGCUUCACCCAGCCGCUCACCCGCCCCACCAGAACCCAUUCAUGGUGGAUCUGCAUGACCAGGUGCACCAGGGACCUGUCCCUCUCUCCUACACGGUUACCACCGUAACGACGCAAGGCUUCCCCAUCCACGCUGGCCAGCACAUCCCUGGGUGCAGCACCCAGCAGCUCCCAGCAUGCUCAGUGAUGUUCAGUGGACAGCACUACCCGCUCUGCUGCCUCCCACCCCCGCUGAUUCAGGCAUGUGCCAUGCAACAACUUCCUGUCUCCUACCAGACAUUCCCCCCCAUCAUCUCCAGCGACCAUUACAUCCUGCACCCACCCCCGCCGCCAGUGCCCCCCCACCAGCCGCCCCACAUGGCCCCCCUGGGGCAGUUCGUACCUCUCCAAGCCCAGCAUCCACGUAUGCCUCUGCAGAGGAUAGACAAUGACGUGGACCUGCGAGGGGAGCAGCACCCCAUUGCAGGCUUCACAUACCCUCCGUCUCACCACGCUCCCACACUGUCGCCCUCCAUGCCGCUGCAUUACCUCCCCCACGACCCGCUGCACCAAGAACUGCCAUUUGGCGUGCCAUACCCCCACAUGAUGCCCCGGAGGCUGAAUACCCAGCGGUACCGGCUGCAGCAGGCGCUGCCCCCACCGCCACCCCCUCCGCCGCCUCCUCCGUACUAUCCGAGCUUCCUGCCCUAUUUCCUUUCUAUGCUUCCUGUGUCGCCAACAGCCGUGGGACCCACGAUCAGCUUAGACCUGGACGUGGAUGAUGUGGAGAUGGAAAAUUAUGAGGCACUGCUGAACUUGGCCGAGCGGCUGGGGGAGGCCAAGCCACGGGGACUCACCAAAGCAGACAUCGAGCACCUCCCGUCCUACCGCUUCAACCCCGAGAGCCACCAGUCUGAGCAGACCCUGUGCGUCGUGUGCUUCAGUGACUUUGAGGCCCGGCAGCUUCUCCGUGUCCUGCCCUGCAACCACGAGUUCCACGCCAAGUGUGUCGACAAAUGGUUAAAGGCAAACCGCACGUGCCCGAUCUGCCGGGCGGACGCGUCGGAGGUGCAGCGGGAGGCGGACUGAGGCUGGCGGGGGCGCUGUGCCGCACAAUUCGCUAGAGGACAAGGACGCCGGGCUGGGGCGGGGGCCGCUGCCCGCUGCUGGGGCCUGACCCUGCGCUUACCCCCCCUCCCCAAAGCCUCUCCUCGGAUGUGGUGAGCAUUGAGCAGUCCGGGCUCCCGGCCAGCCCUCCUCCUCCCCGCCGGGGCACGGACUCGGCCGGACGCCUGCCCGCUGCGCUCCCAGAGCCCCGAAUCGUGUUGUGCUGGAGGUGGGAGGUGCGUGGCCGUGCCCUCUGCGCUCCAAAGACGCUGUUGUUGCUCCAUCACUUUCCAGGUCUUUGUACCCUGCUAGGGAAUUAGUGGUUUUUCCCUUUGUCACUAUUUCUUUUUUUUACGAUAGUUUUUUCCUCCCCCCCUUGUUUCCUUUUCAUUUCCGUCACGUUUUUGGUUCCUUGGCCGUUUGCCCUAGGGGCGCGCAGGCGGCUCCUCCCCUCAGAGGGGAGGAGAGAGGAGGGAGCGCUGCGGGUUUGAUGCCGGCGGCACCCCAGCCCCGGGGACAGCCGGAGGAGGUGGCUGGCGGAGUGCGGCCAAGGUGGGACACCAGCAACCCCGGGGUGUGGCUGGGGCAGAAGGGCAGGAACACAGGAAUGCCUCUGUCCCCGCUCCUGUGCGCAGCCUGGCACGGCCUCUCUCCUGCCUCGGCUGCCCUGGGAAGCCCCAGAGGCUGCCUGGGGGCUUUCGCCAGCGGGAGGAUGGUGCUGGUGCAGACCUGGCCCCUCUCCCUGUUCAUUCCCCUGUGCCUGGCCAGCGCAGCUCCCGGGGCCAGGCCCUGUGGCAUCCCGCAAGGCAGCCAAGCUUGAGGAGGGGACACCACCCCCAUCCCUAGGGCUUUGGGCAUGUGGUGUCCCCGGUGUGCUGCCCGGCCCCCGGCUCCUGCUCGUUUCUCUGUCCCGACGACGUAAAUCAAGGUAGCCCCGUGCCCCGUCCUGCUGGCUGGACGGUGCGGUUUCCCCGGCCGGGGGGCAGCAGCGAGGGGCCGGCUAGGCUGCGACCCCCGGAGCGGGGUGGGUUUUAUUCAUAACCUCGUGGAGUAUUUUCAGUGCUACCCUGGCCUUGGCCCUGCUGGUGCAGGGGAAGCUGUGAGCGGUCCCCUUGCCACCGUAUCCCCCCUGCCCGUGCAGAGGCCGGGGGAGAAGCCGCCACGCCGCCGCCCGGCUCCAUCAAUCCCGCGUGGCCGUUGUUUUGCAUGAUUAAUUAGCAAGGAGGGUGACGGGAGGCGGUGGCAGGGGUGGUGGUGAGAGCACCGCCCUCCCCUCCUGGCGCGUCGCUGACGCCUGGGAGCUUCCGAGCGGACGCCAGCCCUAUGUAAAUGUUCACAAAUAUGCAUGCAUGUCUGACCAGCUUGGAACGUGGUCUUGGCUACGUCUAGCCGGCUGUGGGGUGAGGGGGGUGGGGAGAGGGGUUUUUGUGCUCAGCUGAUACUGCCAUGCACUGUACUGCACAUGUCCGCAACGCCACAGCAGGACCGUGAGACUUUCAGGGCCGUCCCCGCGGUGUCCGCGCCCGCGGCGGGGCGGCGGCGUGUGCAAGGGACCGGGGUGGGACGGGGCGGCUCCCCGCGGGGCGGGGGGCAGGCGCGGGGCUGGCCCCCGGCGGUGGCUCGGCCGGGUGCGAGAUGAGGGGCCGCGCCUGGCAGCUGGGUGGGCACGAUGGUGUCCCCCACAUUGAGGGCCAGAGGGACAGUGCCAGCCACCGGUGGGUCAGCCCCGGAUGCUGCCCGGUCGGGCGCGGGGGGGCGGCGAGCGGUGGGGGGCUACGGGCCAGCUCCCCCUCGCCGCCCUUUCCCACCUCUGCGGCUGCUGCCCUCCAUGCGGAGCGUCAAGGCCGAGGGCCCCGGCACCGCUGGGCUCGGUGCCCCUUGGGCAGGACCCCGGCCCCCUCCCCGUCCCUCACUCAGUGACAGAUAACCAAAGGAGUCCCCGGCUUCGCGCCCCCGGAGACGCCCCCUCCUCCCCUCCCGCCCUCGCGGUGCCCAGGGAGCCAGGAAAGCCUUACGGUCCUUUGACGGCGACUCGAAAGCUCACAGCUCGUGUGCUGCAGAAUUUAUUCCAAUGAGCAGCUAAAAGUAUCAUUUAAAAAAAAAAUAACAAAAAGAAAAAAUGACAAAAAAAAAAAAUACUAAAAAACAAUUAUUUAGGGUGUUUGUGAUUGCUGACUGCGCUGUAGAUACCACUGUUUACCAAUGAAUUCCUGUGGUGGGAUAGUGGACUGUUUACUGUUCUAUUAUACCAGUCCCCGGGCCCUCCGGCGGGACCCCGCGUUCCCCGCGGCUCCCCGGAAGGUGCUAGGACGUGUGUUCUGUGUUAGAAAGUUUUUAUAUAUAUAUAUAUAUAUAUAAAUAUAUAUAUAUAAUUUUUUUUGCUCUGUUACUUGCACAUUUUACAGUUACCUCAUUUUUCCCAUGUAUGUAUUUGAAAAAAGGCUAAUAUAUAGAAAAAAAAGGUUCUUAAAGCUCUAAAAGUGUUUGUUUUUUUCCAUUCCAUUGGAAUCAUAUUGGUUUUGUAGCAUUUAACAUAACUAGUAUGUUGUAUUAUAUAUAUGUGUAUUAUACUGAUUGAAAUUUUUAACAGAUUUGUACUUUUUUUAAAAUGAAAGUUGCUAGUUCUGCUUGACCAAGUAGUGCAAUCAUUAUUUUUUUUAAUGUUGUGGCUGAUUUUGAGAGGGAUAUUCACUAAUAAAUGUAUGAUGUAUACCAACA